AUGAUACAAUGUCGUUUGAGUUUGACAUUAGAACCUCUAACUGCAAACAGCCUUUACUCUUCUGAUGGCGAUGAUUCAAAAGUGCGAAUUUCGUUUCAGGGCUUACCGGGUGCAUAUAGCGAGACAGCAGCACUAAAAGCAUAUCCAAAUUGUGAAACUGUGCCAUGUGAACAGUUUGAAACUGCAUUUCAGGCUGUUGAGCUGUGGUUGGUGGAUAAAGCAGUAUUACCGAUUGAGAAUUCAGUAGGUGGUAGUAUCCACCGUAAUUAUGAUUUGCUUCUUCGUCACAGGCUUCACAUUGUCCAAGAAGUCCAUUUGCCUGUAAAUCAUUGUCUCUUGGGAGUGCCUGGUGUGAAAAAGGAAGAUAUUAAACGCGUUCUUASCCAUCCUCAGGCGCUUGAUCAAUGUGUGAAAUCACUUAACGAUUUAGGCAUACAGAGAGUUUCUGCAAAAGACACUGCCACUGCUGCUCAGACUGUUUCUUCAAGCGGUAAGAGGGACAUAGGAGCAAUCGCGAGUGUACGUGCUGCAAAUUUAUAUGGUCUAGAUAUUCUUGCCGAGAACAUACAAGCAAGUGAUCGAAUGAAUCGGGAAAUAACUUCAAGAACGUCAGAGGAAACCUGUCCUAGAAUUGGUGAGGAGGUGUAUAGAGUUCAUGAGACAGGAGCUUGUAUUAGUGGUGGAAGUAGCAUCUCCCUUCCUUCGCCCAAGCCAGAGUUCCAAUUCAAUCCUAUGGACGAAUUUGGCGGAAAUAUCUGCCACAUAGUUUUACCUUCGAUUGAAGCUGCUAAAAAGAAUGCUUGUGAAUGA